UUCUUCCGGGAGACUCCCGAGCAAGAGUUCACCAUGAUUUGGAUGUGCCUACCGCUCCUGCGAUUCUUGGCCUUCUCCUUGUUCGGUUUCAUAGUCGCCUUCAUUUUACUGCUCGUUGUAGUGUAUCUGCGCCAAUUGCCGUUCCGCCGAAGCGCUCUCGCUCGCAGCUGUGUCAGAGAUCCGUUUCCCCUUUUACGCUACAUCGGUGUGCACCUCUCUCUUCUGGAAAUCUCGAAGCAUUGUGGCAGCUAUGAUACACAUCUGACGAACUUCUUGCUGUUCGAGGCGUCGAGUCGUCCCGCUGAAGGGUGGGUCAUGCUCUUCAUAGGAGUGGUACCAGAGCUGCUACUGUAUCGUGCGGAUCACGUAGAAAAAGUUUUCGGUAACAGCAAAAACAUUAGAAAAGGACCCUCGUACCGGCUCCUCGAUCCCUGGCUCGGCGAAGGUCUGCUCACAUCUUACGGCUCGAAGUGGAAGUCUCGACGGAAGUUCUUGACACCGGCCUUCCAUUUCAAGGUUCUCGACACGUUCGCGGACGCUAUGAACCGCCAGGCGAAAAUUUUCGCGGACCAGAUUGGGAGGAAAAAACCGGAUGAAGACAUGCUCCCGUACGUCGAGGCGUUCACCCUCGACGUGGUGUGCGAGACGAUCAUGGGUAUUGACAUGAAGUGUCAGCUCGAAGGAAGUGGUCGAGACUAUCUCAACAAAGUCAAGAGAAUCAGCCACCAGCUGGUGAAACGGUUCGCCGAUCCUCUCAGUUGGAUUGAUUUCAUCUAUUUCAACUUCACUGGUGAUGGACGUGAGUUCAAGAAAAUCGUCGAAGAAGUUCACGACUUCACCACACAGGUGAUCAAUGAACGGAAGAGGGAACUUUCGGCGACUCCCGAGAUACUGGAGUCGAUCUCCAACGCGGAAGAAGCGAUGACAAAGUCCAAAAAACCUUUUCUCGAUCUCAUGCUCGUGGAGCAUCUGAAAACUCAAAACCUGUCGAUCGAAGACAUCAGGGAAGAGGUCGAUACUUUUAUGUUCGAGGGCCACGACACGACGUCGAUGGGAUUGACCUGGACGCUGCACUUCAUCGGACUCCAUCAGGACGUUCAGGCCAAGCUCCAUGAAGAGAUUGAUAGGGUUUUCCAGGGAAACAGCACCUGUGACGUCACAGCCGAGCACAUCAAGGAGCUGAAAUACCUCGAGAUGGUCAUCAAAGAGAGCCAGAGACUUUGUCCUUCUGUUCCGUUCGCGGCUCGGCUCGUCACGGAAGAAUUUCGCAUCGAUGACAAACCGGUUCCGAUCGGCACCGAAGUGAUUGUGUUCAUCAGGAAGCUCCAUGAGGAUCCGAAGGUUUUCCCGAAGCCUCACGAGUUCGACCCGCAACGUUUCUCCGCGGAAAACUCCAGAAACAGGAAUCCGUACGCUUUCGUGCCGUUCUCCGCAGGACCGAGGAACUGCAUCGGUCAAAAAUUCGCGUUGCUCGAAGAGAAAAUUCUGCUUGUCUGGGUUCUUAGGAAGUUCCAGAUCAAGUCUUUAGACUACAGGGAUCAAAUUCUCGUGAAAAUCGAUAUUGUCUUGAGACCUCAGUCUCCCAUAAGAAUCGCGGUAAAAAAUAGAUAGGUCGACUGCUAUUACCUUGGACCUGUAGAUGAGACUCCGAGUCCCCCGUGAAGACCGAAUUCUGCUGCAUUGACAACAGCUUAUGAUACUAUUGAUCAUUGCCUCCCUCCCUGUCGUGGGACUUAUCUCUGCUUUCUGGAGAGAUUCCCGGCGUUGCCUCGCAUCUUCCCACAGCAGUGUCUACGGAUUCCCGUGCCCGUCCAUGAUCAUUGGAAGGUUUCUCCAUCGAUGACCCGUGAGAAGGUUUGCGUCAAAUACGUUUAACAAUCAUAUUGGAAUCUGGGAAGCAGCCAUCCUAGGUUUUCAGCUAGGCAGAUAAUCUCCUGGUUAUCAAGCGCAACAUCCGCGAGAUGUCAUCAGGACGGGGAUCCAUCAUCCCUUUCGGAUUAAAGAUCGGUAUCCACGCGGAGCGAUAUAAACUUAUCAAUAUGAAGUAGUCAUUCUAAAC